UUCAGCAACAGUGGAAAUGUCCUUAUGCCUGCUUUAUGUUAUUGAUUAAAAUCAAAAGGAUUCGUUUGUAGUAACCACAGGCAAGCUUACAUGUUCUUUGAGGCUGUAUUUCAAAAACUAUAAGGGAUCAAUACGCUGCAUACACGAUGAGGGUCUCGUUUUGGACACACUUGCUGCUGUUCUAUCUGUGGUGCGAUUAUAAGAUCCAGCCCGCUGCAAGUAAACCCGAGUGGAUGAGACUGCAGUUCCCUUGUGAUGUCACAGCCGACAAUAACUCUCAUGUCCUGUUUGACUGUGGAGGGCGUCGACUGCACGAGGUACCUGAUGGCAUAACCAGCAAUGCAACUGAGCUCAACUUAUCCAUGAAUUUCCUUGGGUAUAUUUCGGCUGACUCAUUAUCCAACUUGCUGAAUCUGACCCAACUUAAUCUCAGCACAGCAAACAACGGCAGAACGGUGUUCAUCGCUGCAAAUGCUUUCAAAAAUCUGACAAAACUGCGAGAACUGAGACUGAGUGGCAUUCGUCUGAAGGAAAUUCCCGUCAAUCUUCCUCCCAGUGUGGAACUCAUCGAGCUGAACAAUAACAACAUUACAUUGUUGAACGGGAGCUUUGAUCGCUUAGAAAAUGUUACACAUGUAUUGUUAUCCAGAAACUGCCACUACAGCAAUCCUUGUAAGACAUCUGUUAAGAUUGGGGUAAACCAGUUGAAAAUAAUGAGCAAACUGAAGCAUUUGGAGUUGUCCUAUAACAACUUAACUGAAGUUCCCAAAGGAUUCCCACAAUCAUUAAAAGUGUUAAAACUGGAUAAUAACAGAAUAUAUCACAUCCCUGAUGAUUUUCUUACGCUACCAAAUUUAACAGUCCUAAAAUUAGAAGGGAACUGUCCAAGAUGUGAAAACUCUCCAAAUCCGUGUGUCCUCUGUCCAAACAAGUCUCUUGAUAUCGAUCUAAAUGCAUUUCACAGUCUAACCCAGCUCGAGGUGCUGAAUCUGGGAGGAAACUCACUGGACCACCUGGAUCCUUCUUGGUUUAAGAGUUUAAACAAACUUAAACAAUUGUUCCUGUCAUUCAACUUCUUAUUUAAGGUAAUUACUGAGGAGGCAACAUUUCUAAGACAUCUACCUAAGGUAGAAAUAAUUGAUCUCUCUUUCAACUAUGGUAUCAAGUUAUACCCUGUAAACUUAAAUCUCUCAGAAGAGUUUUCAAAUCUUGAGUCCCUUAAAUCUUUUAAUAUGAAGGGAUUGGUCUUCCAGAGUGUUGGACCUGAGACACUCAGACCUCUGUACAACCUCAAAAAUCUGUCUAUCGUGAACUUAGGGACAAACUUUAUUCUCCGAUCUGAUUCCACUGUAUUUCGCAAAUUCCACAACCUGAAAUUGAUGUACCUUGCAGAAAACAAGCUUUUUCCCACUCCGGAUAGAAAUCUGCUUGAUUCAUGUGGUGGUUACAAUCAGAGGUCUGAACUUCCUUUUUCUCCGCUCAGGAAUCCCCAUCCGAAAGAUUUCUUUUAUGAGCAUGUAAACAGUCAUGUCAAGGAAGAGUGCUUUAACUCUGGACGAGUGCUAUCUCUCAGCUCAAAUAAUAUGUUUUUCAUUUCUCCAAAGCAAUUUGUUGGCUAUGAAGACAUUGCAUGUCUCAACCUCUCGAGAAACGGAUUUUCAGCAGCACUUAAUGGCACAGAGUUUUCCACGCUGCAUAAUCUGACAUACCUGGAUAUGUCAUUCAAUAAGAUUGAUUUGGCCUAUGACAAUGCCUUCAGCGAACUAAAGAAACUACAAGUGCUAGACCUCAGUUACAAUGAACACUACUUUAAAGCAUACGGGGUAACACUUAAUUUAAAUUUCACACAAAAUCUGCCUGCUCUGAGGGUGCUGAAUAUGAGUCAUAACUCCAUUUCUGUUUUAACCACCAAACAGAUGUACAGCAGUUCAUUAACAGAACUUCAGUUUACAGAUAAUGUUCUGGGGACCCUUUGGAAAGAAAUGGAUCGCUCAUAUGAGAGCAUUUUUACUCACCUUACUAAUUUGACAAUUUUAGAUAUAUCCAGCAACCACAUUUUAAAGAUUCCAGACUAUGUUUAUGAAUAUUUGCCACGCAAACUCACAAUACUACGCAUAAGUCACAACUUGCUUACUGAUUUUAAAUGGGACAAACUGGAGUUUUUCAAUCAACUUCAGAUUUUGGACCUGAGCUUCAAUUCUCUUCCUAAUGUGACAGUUAUAAACUCAAAUGUCACCCCCACUUUGACUUUUCUUGACCUGAGCCAUAAUGACAUUUUCCACUUAGACAGUGGUUUUGUAAAUGGUGCAAGACGGCUUACAACUCUUAGCUUAAGCGAGAACAAACUGACUAUUAUCAAUGAAUCCACCUUCCCAUCGAGACUUGAAUCUCAGAUUCACACUUUGUUCUUGCAGGGCAACCCCUUCCAAUGUACCUGUGAUGCACUUGAUCUCAUUAUUUGGAUGGAAAAUAGUAAUGUAAAGAUUCCUAGACUAAUCACUGAUGUGACAUGUGACACACCAGCAAAUCAAAAAAGUACAGCUGUGAUCAAUUUUGACAUUAGGCAGUGUAUAGAUGACAGCCAGGCGUUCUUGAUUUACAUUUUCACAAGUUCAUCAAUUAUUGUUUUUAUGUUUGUGGCAACAGUUUCCCACUUAUUUUACUGGGAUGCUUCCUACGUCAUGCACUAUGUGAAAGCCAAGACAAAAGGAUACAGAGCCUUUGACUCACCAGGCGCCAUUUAUGAUGUCUUUGUGACCUACGACACCACAGAUCCACAUGUCUCUGAGUGGGUGAUGAGGAAUCUGCGAGUGAAACUGGAAGAGGAAGGAGAGAAGCAUCUUCCUCUAUGUCUUGAGGAUAGGGAUUGGACCCCCGGCAUCCCCCUGGUAAAUAACCUCACACAGAGCAUCCAGUAUAGUCGCAAGACCCUGUUCGUCUUAACGGAGGGCUAUGUUAAGACUGGGGUUUUCAAACUGGCAAUGUAUCUGGCACACCAAAGACUGCUUGAUGAAAACAUGGAUGUGAUUGUGCUGCUGAUGCUGGAGCCCGUCCUGCAGAACUCUCACUUCCUGCGCCUGAGGAGGAGGCUGUGUGAGAAAAGUGUUGUAGAGUGGCCGAGAACAGCGGCUGCAGAGCCCUGGUUUUGGCAAAACCUGAGGAAUGUGGUCAGAGUGGACAACAAGUUGAUGUACAACAAGACUUAUUCAAGGUACUUCACCAGCAAGUGAGCAAAUGAGUGGGACAGAUCUGUAUCAUUGUGGACAAUCUAUCGGGAAUCUGUUUAACAACACUAUUGUUCUAUAUCAACACUGAUAACUGAUCCUUUACCAUUUGUAUCACUCUCCGUGGACCUUGAAUGAAGACAAAUAAAUACCUUUGCUAUUUCUAACCUGUAUUUACAAUGAUACUUCAUGUCUUGUAAUAAAUGGGCAAAUAUAUGUAAAUAAAUCUUUAUGCCUGUAUGUUAUCUGGUCUCUAUCUAACCUAAACAAAUAAGUCAACCAACAAAAGGGGCAAUUUAUUGUACAAUAAAUGUAAAGCAUUCUCCUCUUCUUAAGAUGAUUGGUCAUUGGUUUAGCCUCCAAUUAUUAGAGAAUCAAUUGAAAUGUGCCUAACCAAAAGAUCUAAAUACAGCAGAUACACAUACCUGCAGGUCCUUAUCUACACUUCCGGGUCUUAACUUUGUUUGUCCGCAAGGUGUCUCCCCUGAAUCACUUCUCUGUAUGCAUCUAAGGCUGUACUAGUGCACUUUAUGCAAGUUAAACCUAAACGAAUAAACCCAUUGUCUCAUUCAUCACUUUGUAACCUACAUUUUAUUCGCUGUGUGGCACAAAUGAAUACCUGAUUGCGCUAUGACGCCUUCUUUUAUGACAGGAGAAAAGCGACGGGUGAAGUGAUUUCACUCACCUAAUCUGAUGCAGCUGGUCGCAGAUGUGCAAUACAUGCACAUACGUGACUGAUUUAAAAUAGCGUAUGGAGCGUUUGGUACUUUUGCCAGUUAAAUAAAAAGCAUAUUUGUAAAAAAGCAGGCUUUGCAGACAGUGGACGUGACGUCAGGAGAUGAUUUGCAUACCGCGCAGUAUUUAUAGUGUGAUUGACGCUCCAGCCGUCACUUCUCUCCUGCAUUGACCAGACGUGCAUCCCUCUGUCUCUCUGACAAAAAAUAAGAGCCUUUGCAGAUAUGGCUGACAAAGCAGAUGUCUCAGCAGUCACAACCUUCGACAAGACCAAACUGAAGAAGACAACGACUGAGGAGAAAAACACCCUGCCAACCAAAGAAACCAUCGAACAGGAGAAGGAGAAGUAAUGAAGACUAGUCAUCCUGUACAUUUCACAAGCCUUGCCUUUUUUUUCGUUUAAAAAAUGUAUUCCAAGUUGAGGUACAAAUUGACUUAACCAUGGCUGUUAAACCACCGAACCAUCCACUUGCGUAGAUGUCCCUCUGUAUAGCAACGAAGCGUGGCCUGGCGUCGGCAUGUGUUCCUGAUCAUGUGUUAAGUGCAGAAGUGUCAUGAAACAACUUGGGGACCUACACUUUCUGAUUUGUAACCCUUUUCUGCCCUCUUGUAAAUGCUCUUGUAGCAAGCUGUGUGUUUUUUGGUAACACAAUCUGGAUGCACAAGUUUGUUAAAUAUGCAAAAUAAAAAAUGCUAACUGAC